AUGAACGCCCGAGAAAAAACAACCCAAAUCUACCCCCUAACCCUCACCCUAACCUCGCCCUCCUCCCCCUCCUCCAAUCCCGCCCUCUCCCUCUCCCUACCAUCAACCCUCUCCCCAAGUCGAAUACCGACCGCCCAACCAUCACCCAAUCUCUCCCCCCUCCCAAUUUUACUCCCUGGUAAUUCCCAAACAACCCUCAACCUCCCCCCAUCAACCACAAUCCUCCUACUGACCAACCUCCCCUUAAUCCUAUCUUCCCUUCCCCCUAACAUCCCCCUCCCCACCCUCCUCCCCCCCCUCCUCCCCUUCCGCCGGAUCGCCAUCCCGUUCCAUCCCACUCUCACUCCUGAAGACCUGCUCCCCCUCUGGCCGUUCCACUUCCCUCAUGUGGAGGACAUAUACAUCGUGGCAGACGCUUCCACGCACCCGGAUACUUUACGAAGAAACAAGGCCUACCAACCAGAUGUGCUGGAGAGUUUUGUCAUGUUGGGGGACGGGCGGGGGGGGGAAAGGAAGGCGUAUGAUGUCCAUGGGGACGGGGAGGACAGGGCUUGGGUUAUUGGGACGGGGGUCGGGACGGGGGAUUGGGUUGUCAAGGGGUUGAAUGAGGGGUUUUGGAGACGGGGGGUGGUUAUGGGGAGGGGUUGGUUGGGGACGGGGCCGAGGGUGGGGUUGGUUGGGUUGAUUACUGAGUAG